GCAACAUCAUUUCCUUUCCACUAAAGUUUCUUUCCUUUUCUUUUCUCUUUCUUUUUUCCUGCAAAAAUAAAAAACUUCAUGACAAAAUCAAGAAAUCACCUUGACAAUCCCAAUUUACAGAAAUAUGAACAAAGUACAAGAACAUUAUAGUUUCUUAUGUGAAUAUGGUUCUUUUCUUGUGACCAAAGAAUUUAUGAAGCUUGUCUGAUAUUCUCUCUCCUGUUGCUGACGUGGGUAGAUGUCAUUGGUUUGUCUGAAUGUUGUGGUCCCAUGUUAGUACACUUUAGCCACCAACCCCGUGAGCCAAAAUAUCUUAAGGUUGACCCUUUAGUCCCCCUAGAUCACAAAAUUCUUUGCCACUUUCUAAAUUUAACUGUUUUCAAGUUAUAUGAGAAAGGAAAGCUAUUUUAUCUUCAUGGUGUGAGCAUUCACUUAGAACCCCAUAAAAUUUUGUUUACAAAAAGAAAUCUCAGAUGCUUCAACAUUUGGAGAUAUCACUUUUGCUGUAAAAGGGGGUUGUGGUAUAAAAUUUUCAAGCAUCUGUACAUCCGUGUAAGCAUGGGGAUGAUCUCUGCGGCUACCCUGUCAGUAGUGCGGAUCGAUGGAAAUUGAAGAAUUGGCUGUACGUACUACUGAUAUUAUCGAUCCACAAGCAAUGGAAACCUUGUUGAUUGAAAAUCACUCAAGUGAAGCCAAGGACAUGGAAGAGAUGAGGAGUUCCAUGGAAAUCUUGCGUAGAGUAGAUUUGGACCUUGCGUUUUCUGAUGAGAAAUUGACGAAUCUUGACAAUCUUUUGAUGUCCUUCUUGGCUUGCGAAAAUGAAGUUGAAGCAAUUUCUUUCGAGAAUGAUGAGAUUUCUCCAGACUCAAUCGAGAAAGUACUGACUUUGGAUAACUUAUCUGCCAUUUUAAACUCCGAAAUAAGACAACUGGAUAAUUUCAUUGGCACUCUUCAUGACCUAGUUAUUGAAGCGAGGCAAAAGAUAUCUACAUGCAGAGAAUUUAGUGAAUUGCAGAUGAUAAUGGAGAAUAAAUUUCAUGAUACAGAAGAGUUAUUGAGACAAUCAAAGGAGCGAGUCCUAGAAAUGAAGAUGCAGCUCGCUAAGUUGCAGAUAACCUCAUUAGCCUUCAACCAAAACGAAUGGAGACAUAGGAUGAGUUUGGAUUUAUCAGAUAUUAAUUAUGUUUCAGCGAGAGAAUUGAAGCCACAUGUGCAAACAGUUGAGCAAAGACGUAUAUUAAGAAUGUUGGAAAAAUCCCUUGAGAGAGAGCUGGAUCUUGAGAAGAAGUUGACUCUACAUAAACAAAAUGAAGAUGAUCUAAAGUUGAAGCUCCGGUUAACCGAGCAAGUAGCUCUGUGCAUGGAAGAGGGCGCGGAGGUUAUCUGGGGUAGAUUUUUAGAGUCGGAAAAUGCAGCAGAGGUGCUUAUGGGAAUUUCCAGAGAGAUGGUGGGCCGAUUACAAAUUUUUAACUUCAAUUUGAGCGGUUCACUUCAACGAGAGAAAGAUUUCAAUUUGAAGAUUGAUAAUUGCUUAGGACAGAUAAAUGCGAGAGAUAUUACCAUACAAAACCUUAAUACCUGCAAUGAACAACUUGCUGCUGAAAAUACCGAAGUAUCCUCUUUAAGGGACAGGCAAAAACUUUUAGAAGGUAAGUUGAAAGAAUCCGAGUCUAAAUUGCUGAAAGCAAACGAACUGAAUGAACUAAGUGAAGAACGGCUUAAAGAACUGGAAUGUAUCGUAGAAUCUCAGAAAGAAGACAUCGAUAUCGCAGAACAUAAGGCUGAAAGUGCAGAGGAAAAGGUUGCGCAUUUGACGGAGACAAACUUGGAACUACACGAAGAGUUGGAUUUUCUCAAGAGUAGCAAUGAAAGUAAUGCUAAAAAGGUCAGCAUUCUUGAGAAGCAGGUCAGGGAAUUAGAACUUCAGUUACAAAAUGCUAAGGCAUCAUCCGAAGCAGGUCAAGAACAACAAAAUAUGUUGUAUUCUGCCAUUUGGGAUAUGGAAACUUUAAUUGAUGAACUAAAACAACAGGUCUUAAAAGCUGAAAGCAAGACUGAGCAUGCAGAGGAACAGUGCCUUAUUUUGUCUGAAGCUAAUUUAGAUCUUACCAAAGAAGUAGAGUUUCUUAGAUCAAGAGUUGAAGGGUUGGAGACUUCUUUGAAACAAGCUACUGUUGAGAAACUUGCAAGUGCAAAAGACAUUAACAUCAAAACCAGCUUUGUCAUGGAUUUGGUCAUGCAGCUAGCUAUAGAAAGGGAGCGAGUACAAAAGCAGAUUUUUUGUUUGGCCAAGGAAAACAAGUCAUUGAUCAGGAAGUUGGAGUCAAUAAAGGAGCAACCGUCCAUAAAUGUACUUGAGAAUGGAGGUGGUGCCUCAAUAAUCGCUACUGCUACAGACAGUUCUCGUGAGCUGCAAAGAGAAUCCUUACCGGAAAGCUCCCAGGUGAAUGAAUUAUCUCCUGAUAAAUCUACCGAUCAAAGCAGCAAGUCUUCUCUUUUGAUAAAUGAAGAGCCUAAUAUGGUUGUCAAGUCGGAGGAGCCCGAGGUUCAGCUACAGUCAAGACAACACCACCACAACUAUGUUGUCAUGGCAAUCCUCGUCUUGUUACUUUCGACAUUAGGAUUAUAUUUUUUUUGACAAAAGAAACAACAUCCUCGACUGGUUGAUGGUUAAAUGAUAGUACUUGUUCGAUUACUUUGUACAGAUUCUUUGAUAGUUUUUGUGUUCAUGGUCUUCUUUUCGUGCCUGUAAAUGUGGUUGUGAUCUUUUUUUUUUUCUUUUUUCUAAUUCAAAACUCAAUAUAGAGCAAUUUUUUUAAAGCAAUUAUAUUAGUGGAAUGAUCAGUAUUGUAAACUGAAGAUAGUGCCAUUUGUAAAAGCAAUUGUGUUAAUGGAAUGAGUAUUGUUGUGGAUUGUUGUA